CAUAUUCAAUCCCUUAUUUCUCCUUUUUACACUUUACCCCCUAUAAGAAAAAAAAAUCUAUAAAUAGGCGUAACAUAGGUUACAUUAUCAGAUCACCUGAAAAAGAAAAAAAAAUGAAUGAAGGCGGCAAGAAUGACCAUGGUUUAUAUGCUGAUGUCUGGUCAUACCUGGACUUGAAUGACUAUCAACUUGGGAGUGGAGAGACGUUUGAGGGUGACAAGUUGCUAGAUCCGACUAGGUCGGAUACUUGUCAGCCAGUGACAACUGUUAAUGAGGUGGUUGAAGUGAGUAUUGAUGCUCCCAAAAACAGAAGUCCACCCAACCGAAAAAAAAAUGGUAAGGGAAUUGCAGAACCAACGUCUGGUGUUGACAGAGGAGGGGGUAAAGGUGAAUCUGAGCACAAGAUACACAUAUGGAUGGAGAGAAAAAGGAGAAAGAAGAUGUGAACCCUGUUUGAGACUCUUCAUGCUUUGGUUCCUAAUCUCCCUGCUAAGGUUGAUCAGUCUACAAUAGUUGGUGAAGCAGUGAACCAUAUCCUAAAACUGCAGAAUACUUUCAAAAAACUUGAAAGUCAAAAGCUAGAAAGGCUAGAAGAAUAUAGCAUAAGGUUGAUGAGUUCACAGAAAGUUGGUAAUAGUUGGGAGAAAUAUGUGGGUGAUCAAGGAUCAACCAACAAUUCAACUGUUAUUACACCAAUAACUCAUGGUGCUAGUCCCCUUAUUCCAACAGGUUUUAUGACAUGGAGUUCACCAAAUGUGAUACUAAAUGUUUGUGGUGAGGAUGCACAUAUUAGUGUGUGUUGUCCUAAGAAGCCACAGUUAUUUACCAUCAUUUGUUAUGUUUUAGAGAAACAUAAGAUUGACAUUCUGUCUGCUCAAGUUUCAUCUGAUCAAUUCAGAAGCAUGUUCAUGAUCCAAGCUCAUGCAAAAGGUGGAAGUGGGUUAGCUCAAUUCUCUGAAGCAUUCACAGUGGAAGACGUGUACAAGCAAGCUGCAAGUGAGAUAAUGGCAUUGACAACCCCCAAAUGAUCAAUAACUAUUUACUUUUGAUGUUCAUCCAGUGGAAGAUGAACAGUUGUCGCCGUAUAGGCAUGUUUACUUUUAUAGUUCAUCUGGUAGAGG